AUGACUUACUGGACCAUGUUCUACCAGACAAAACUACCAGCCGCUCCAACCCGUUGCCCUGAACUCGACUACCUUACACCCAACACGCCUAAAUGCUUCCACCUUUCCUUCCGCUACAAUGUCAGCAACAUCGUAUCCCCAUCGCUCCCGAGGCCCCUCUGCCCAGCCUUUUUGGGCGAACUAUGGCGGACUAUUCUAGGCAGCGGGCAACUCAUGGGUCACUCCGUCCACUUGGAGGAUGCCACCCCAGUUGAAGAUGGGCUUUUCUCCAAGGUUGAUAUUGAUGUUAGCCCAGCUUCCAAGCGUGUUCGUCUCGCUGCUUCGUUACCUCAUCGGAGCUCCCUCUCCGGGUCCCGAGAUCCUCUCCCUGCACCUCUCCCGACUACAUCUGCCAGCCUCCCGCGCCAUCUCAAGGCAUUUGCCCGAAUCGCUCCCCGUCCCCGAGCACGGAUCAUUGUUGCCGACGUUCAUCGAAUGGGACGUAUUGCUGUUCAUGCGGAUGUUUUUGCCCAAAUUAUUGAAGCUGAGGAGCGGGUAAUGGGGCCUGGAGCUGCUCGGACCCGAAGGGCCUGUCGACGAGAACGUCCUAGAUCCAUAUCGGGUUCCACUAGUUACAGGUCUAGCACCGAUUCGAGUAUGACCCACACCUCGAAUGAUAGUAUCAGCACGCUUUCUAGUGUCCUCACAUCCGAUCUUGAGGAUGGUUCUGGCGUUGCUGGCCCUUGGCCUGAUGCUCAGUAUCCUUGGUCUUUUACGGCCCUUCAGGUAGAAGACCAACGCGUGCGAGCGCGCCACGCAGAGCUUGCCCAUGUCGAACAGUGGCUCGCAGCUGCCGAUGACGAACAUGACAACGACGAAGAGCCUGCAUGGAACAAUUCUGCUUCCACCCUCGAAGGGGAGCUUCCAGGGCUCGGUGAGCUGCCGGAGUUUCCCACCGGACCCAUUAUCAACUCUAGUCUCUCGGACUCCGUGGCCUCCGAUGAAGAUGGAGCUGAUGCGCGAACUGCACUCCUUGCUCGAGCAUCCGUACAGGAUUUCAUUGCUCGUCGCACGGCCCGUGCGGUCGUUCAGCACACACCAUCGGGCGAUGUAACCGCACCCGAGUCCGUCUUCCAACCCACGUUUGUACCCAACUCGACGCCCAGCCGCCGGAUCGUCGUACCUCCCCCCAUAUCCACGCGCGCCCCACAAUGGCAACCUUCGCUCCUGCUACCUCCUGCUGCAAUGCCUGAAACUCCGGAGCGGACCGCCCAUUUCCCUUUCAUUCGUUCAUUACCCCACGAUUCUUUGCGGAUUUCGCUCGACUCUCCCAAGCGAACCCAAGCUCUGGAAGAAGACGAGUUUAUGCAUGUCGAGCCCUCCCCAAGCACACCUCCUAUUCGAUCCGAUGGAACUACCACUCCGAUGACGCCAGAGCGCAGCACCGAGCCUAGGCCGCAGCCCCAUCAUUCUGGUAGUACAAUUGCAGAUAGUGCAGGACCUGCGUCCCCCGCAAUUGUAGGAAGCGGCUUGUAUGCGGGCGCGGGAGCUUGCUCUGGACCUGGCGUUUUCUCAGAAGAUGUUGGCGUGUAUGCGGGCGAAGACUCCCUGUUCGACAACGACGUGUACACAGAGCAUGGCAACUGGGGAAUGGGCCAAAUCUAA